AUGGAAAGUCUCAUUAAAAUAAAAAAUAUCUCUCCUAUUGAUGGUAGAUAUAAAAAACUUUGUGAAGAAAUUUCCUCAUAUUUUUCAGAAUAUGCUUUAAUAAAGUAUAGAAUAAUUGUAGAAAUAAAAUGGUUGUUAUUUUUAAAUGAAAAGGAAUUCUUUUUUAAGAAAUUAAGCGAAAGUGCAUUAAAAUCAUUGAAUGAAAUAAGUAAUGUAAUGGAUGAUGAUAUCUUAAGAGUGAAAAAAAUUGAAGAAGAGACAAAUCACGAUGUGAAAGCUGUUGAAUAUUUUAUAAAAGAGAAGAUUAAAUUAUCAGAAAACCAGGAAUUAUUAAAUAUAAAGGAGUAUGUUCAUUAUUUAUGCACAAGUGAAGAUAUAAAUAAUAUAACAUAUGGUAUAUGUAUAAAAUUAUGUUUAAACGAUAUAAUAAUACCAAAUAUAAAAAAAAUAUUAGAUAAAUUAAAUCAAUUAGCAGUAGAUUAUGCUGAUAUUUCCUUACUGUCAAAAACACAUGGACAACCAGCCUCAUCAACUACCUUUGGAAAAGAAAUGGCAAAUUUUUUUUCAAGAAUUUAUAAUCAUUUAAAUGUGUUAAAAAAAAUAAAAAUUUAUGGGAAGUUUAAUGGGGCUGUUGGGAACUUUAAUUCUCAUAAAAUUGCUGAUAAAAAUGUUGAUUGGAUAUCUAAUAUUAAAUAUUUUAUUGAAAAUUAUUUUAAUUUAAACUUUGGUUUAUAUUGUACUCAAAUACAAGAUCAUGAUUAUAUUUGCGAAUUAUGUGAUGCAUUAGCACGUAUUAAUUCAACACUUAUUGAUCUAUGUGUUGAUAUGUGGUUAUAUAUUUCUAAUAAUUUAUUAAAACUAAAAAUUGUUCAAAAGGAAAUAGGAAGUAGUACAAUGCCUCAUAAAGUUAAUCCUAUUGAUUUUGAAAAUGCAGAAGGUAAUUUACAUUUAGCAAAUUCUUUAUUCAAAUUAUUUAGUACAAAGUUACCAAUUAGUAGAUUACAGAGAGAUUUAUCUGAUUCUACAAUUUUACGAAAUAUAGGUUCUUCAUUUUCUUAUACACUUAUUGCAUAUAAAUCAUUACUAAAAGGGUUAUCAAAAAUUGAUAUAGAAGAAAAAGCUUUAAAUAAAGAAUUAAAUGAAAACUGGUCAACCUUAUCUGAACCUAUACAAAUUAUAAUGAAAAAGUAUAAUUUUCCUGAUGCUUAUGAAGAGUUAAAAAAUUUUACAAGAGGAAAACAUGUAAACAAAGAAACUAUGCACGAAUUUAUAAAAACUAAAUGCAACUUCUUACCAAAAAAUGUUACUGAUGAAUUAAUUAAUUUAACUCCACAUAGUUAUAUUGGAUAUGCAAAUUACCUAGCUCAAAAUGUUAAAGAACUUACAGAAAAAAUGCAAAAUACAAAUAUAUAA